AAGCAAUUCAUACUCAAACUGACCUCUCAAUUCAUUUGCCCUCUAUCAGAUUUGAUCUGCAGAAAUGGCUAAGACAAGGAGGCUGCCAUUAUUUGAAUUCAUGGUGUUUCUUCUUCUAAAUUUGGCUCUACUCAAACCCAUCUGUGCAGCCCAAGAGGGUAAGUGUUCAUAUACACUGGAGGUAGAGACUGAAAGUAAAGGAGUUUUUGAUGAUGAUCAAGGAACAAAAGACCCAGUCCAUGUGAUGUUCCAAGACAAAAAUGGAACAAAGGUAUUAAAACAGCAUAUGAAUGAGGGAAAAGAAGAUAUCUUUCUAAAACCUGGCAAAAAAGAUAUGUUCAAUAUGAGUGGCCCUUGUUUGGAGGGUGAUGUAUGUUAUUUAUUCUUUAAGGUUGAGGGCACUGAUGGUUGGAAGCUUAAAAAAGCUAUAGUUCAUGCUACAAAGAAGCACACUUUCCAUUUCAAAAAGUAUCUUACUGAAAAAGCGUGGGAUGGCAAAGAUUGGUGCAAAAUAAAUGAGCAGUUAGCCUCCCAUCAAUCCAUAGACUCUGAUUUUGAGACUGAGGAAAAUGAAGAUGAAAGCAACAAGCCAAAGAGAAAGAAACAACACAAACCAAGGCCAAAGUAGUAGGAAUAAGAGCAUUUAAUAUAACCUUUUGUGCAUGUAAUUUGUAUAAUUUAGGUUUUAAGAGGUCGAGUUAAAUUGGUUAAGUAUUGAGUUUUUAGUGUGGAGAUUCAAGUUUACAUUUUCAUAGGGAAAUAUAAUGUGGAAUUUGAAGGGGUGUUCUUAGUCUUCUAGAUUUUAAGUGGUUGAGUUAACUUGGUUAAAUAUUGAGUCUUUAGUGUGGAGAUUCAAGUUCAAUUCUUCAUAAGGAUAUAUAAUUUGGAAUUUGAAAUGGUGGUUCUUA